AUGGCUAAUAUUGAUAAAGAAGAUUUAAAAAAACGUUUAACUCCUAUACAGUAUCAUGUAACACAGGAAAAGGGAACGGAACGUCCAUUUUCUGGAUGCUAUAACAAGACUAAAGACUCAGGGACUUAUACAUGUGUAGUUUGUAAUGAAGAAUUGUUUUCAUCCAAUACCAAAUUUGAAUCAGGUUGUGGGUGGCCAGCAUUUAGCGAUGUGAUUGAUCAAGGGAAGGUCAAAUUAUCAAAGGACACAUCUCACAUUGGCGCAAACCUACUAUUAAUAAUCGCAAACCCAGGUAUGGUGAGAACGGAAGUGACGUGUGCAAAUUGUGGGGCUCAUCUGGGUCACGUGUUCAACGAUGGUCCAAAACCUACGAAAAAAAGAUAUUGCAUCAACAGUGCGGCAAUGAAUUUUCAUCCGAAUAAUUCAUAA